GCAAUGAGUUCAUCUUUUUGCUCCUCCUGAUCGGCCGCCAUCUUGGAUGGGAUGGAUCAAGCUAAUCUGUAGAGCUGCUCAAAGGAACAUAUGGAACUGACUUCCAAAAUGGCGAUGCUCACUUAGCUGGAAAAUUCCCUCGAAAGACAAUGCGUUUCAACCAAAGAGAACUCGCUAACAUUGCUACGAACAAUGAUGUACCAUUUGACAAAGAAGGAAUCCUUUGGCUAAAGGAAAAAGAAGGUUAUUUCUGGUCUAAAAAUGAAGUAUACUCAGAAAGAUUGUUUCGUCUCAGAGGCAACAUUUUGUUUUACUUCAAAACUAAAGAUAAGACAUCAGAGCCAGCUGGUGCUAUUGUACUUGAAAGAUGCAAGGUGCAGAAACGACAGCCUACAAUAAAACAUGCCUUUACGAUUGUAUUUGAUGAAGAUGACACUCAACUGUAUCACCUUAAAGGAAAGUCAACCAAGGAUACCGAAGAUUGGAUAGAAAAAAUCAGAAGUGCAAGUUAUGAAAGCUUAAGAAAUAAACUACUAAGUUUAAGAAGACAGCUGAUGGAUAUCACAGGAAAAGAUCCAUUGCCAGAGUACCAUCCUCUAGCAGUUCAAGAGCCUCUUAAACCUGGGAUUGGCCAGUAUUCAUCCACCAGUACAGCAAGUAACUCAGAUGAAACUCCUUUGCUGGAGAUGUGUAUUGCAUGUAAUGGGUUGGUAAGCCCUAUUGAAGGCAGAUCAACCAAUGCAUUUGUUGAAAUAAGGACAAUGACUCCUCCUUCAACAACCUGGAUUAAACAUGCACAAACAGAAAUUAUAGAGCAAAAGCAAGAUCCAUUCUUUUUAACAACAGUAGUAUUCCCUUCCAACGGCACUAUCCAAGAUGUUACAAGAUUAAAGCUUGCUGUAUUUGACGUCAGAGACAGAGAAAAGGAAGAGAUGUCAAUUCUAGGACAUGCUGUAUGUACCAUCAGAGAUAUCACAUCUGCUCCGGAUCAAAAGCUUUAUCUAACUUUAACUGGUCUUGAUUCAUCAGCAUCGUGUGGGACAAUCAUUGUAUUAGGAUGGCAAGCAGAACAAAAUGUCAAGACUCGAUCAUCUUCACUAGACUCUAGCGAGGGUGUAGAGGGCCCAACAGGAAGGAGAAAUACUGGCAAGGCAAUGAUUCUUGUUGAUCAAAUCCUCACAAGAAGCUAUAGGUUCCCUACAAGGAAACAGGGAAAAGAUUUAAAAGUGUUGGAGCUGAUGGGAGAAAGCAUGUUAACCUUCAAGAUUCCAAUUCAGUUGCUGAAAAUAUAUAUUGCUGAGGAGCAUCAGAGAGCACUUGAACUUCACCAUCUGGGAGAUCUGAAUCCUGACUGGGAGAAUUCUCGCCAUGAAAUUAUAGACAACCACUUUAAAUUGAUAUUUGCAUACAAAGGACAGCUCAGAGAUCUGAUGGCCCUUAAAGGAAACUCAUUCAAGCCUAGCAAACUAAAAGCUCACAAACAGCUAGCUUUCGUACCUGUUAAUUUACAUCUACAACGUUUGAGAGUAAAUGAUGGUUGCAAUCCAGAUGUAUGAAAUCCUUGAAUGUCCAGCACAUUUUAGAAACUUUAAAUGCUUUGUCUGACAAGGGUAAUCAGCUUCUUAAGCUUAGGGAAGCACCACUGGUAACAGAAUCCCUAUCAUCCCUAGAAAAGGUCGUACCAAGACCCAAGGAGGAUGAGCAGGUUGCUGAAUCUUCUGAGUGGCAGUGGAAUGUUACAGCAUUUUCCAGGGAUAAAGCACAGGAACUGUCCAAACUGGUGCAGCAAACUUUGAUCAUCAUGCAGACUCAUAUCAAUGGCCUUUUGCUAGGAGAGAAGCCACCAUCAGGUCAGAAAUGGAAUGAUGUAAUCAUGGGUGAGAUCCAUGACUUCUCACGGGCUGCUGAUGGACUAGCAAAAGAGAUCUAUUUAGGACUUGUCUUUGCUCAGCUCCAGGAGGAUUCAAGACACAUUGCAUUACGUUACACAAUCAAAAGGAGACAUGAUAUUGUGUUUUCUCAUGCUGUCACCGCUUUAAUUGCCGGCUUUAUCAGCAAGUUAUACACCAACCUAGACAACCCUUCAUUCUGGAAACAAAUUAUUCAUAUUGGAUUCUUAGCCCAAUUUGAAAGUUUGCUGAGCACCAAUGGUGAUGAGAUGGGUAUGCUGGAAGACAUGUGUGUUGGUGUACAAAGUUUGACAAGAGUCAAGUUAAAAAUUGUCCAGUGUGAAAGAGACGAUGAAAUCCCGGCCUUGAGUGGCAACAGGUCUUGCAUACAGGUCAGCAUCCCUGUUCCUGCCGAGUCAUUCCAGUUGCUACCAAAGGAGGUACAAGAGGCUAAAAGCAUCCGAGUCACGCCCGUCUUGUUUACCCAGGGAGUCAAUGAGCAUGCUACCCUGGCGGAGAAAUUUGGAGACACUUCGCUACAAGAGAGCAUCAAUGGGGAUAAUUACAGCAUCCUUAGUUUUUACGUGCAACAAUUCAAAGAUCUAUUCCCUGAGCUGUGUGGUUCUCGUUUCCCAGACGACACAUCCAUCGAUAACCUGAUGGAACAACUCAAAGUGAACGUUGAAGGCAGAAAAAGUAAGAACGUUGAUAUCCUGUUGCUAAGCGAACAGCUCUGUUGGCGAAUGAAUGGUGGCCGCUUUACAAGCUGCAAGAGUGCAAAGGACCGUACAGCCAUGGCAGUGACGCUGGAGCAGGCUAUGACGCUUCAAAGAGAACAUAGUAUGAAUUCUGAAGUGUUACAGCAGUCCCUCGACGCAAUGAGAAGUGAAGGCACCAGGAUAGAGAAUGCCUACAAAAACACAGGCUUCCGUAAAUACGCCUUUAACUAUUGGCAGGUGAUGGCCCUGCCUCGCUUAUACCGGCCUCCCCCGGGUACCUACGGUAAGAAUGUACAGACAUAAUGACCUGCCUCGACUAUACCGACUUUCCCCGGGUACCUACGGUAAGAAUGUAUAGACAUAGACAUAAUAGUGUAUACCGACUUCCCCCGGGUACCUACGGUAAGAAUGUACAGACAUAGACAUAAUAGUGUAUACCGACUUCCCCCGGGUACCUACGGUAAGAAUGUACAGACACAGACAUAAUAGUGUAUACCGACUUCCCCCGGGUACCUACGGUAAGAAUGUACAGAAUGACC